AUGAACUUAUAUUUUCCACCUUUUAUUUACUCCUUUUUUCUAUUUACAGGAACUAUAAUUACUGUGUCUUCCUCUUCAUUAUUUGGGGCGUGAAUAGGACUAGAAAUUAAUUUAAUAUCAUUUAUUCCAAUAAUGAUUAAUUCUGAGAACAAUAAAAAAAGUACAGAAUCAGCAAUUAAAUAUUUCUUAAUUCAAGCUAUUGCUUCUGGAAUUGUUAUUUUUAGUGCUUUAUACUUUUACUUUUUUAAUAGUAGAACUUUAUCACAAGUACCUAAUAUACUAAUUACUUUAGCAUUAAGAAUAAAACUUGGAAUAGCCCCUUUCCAUUUUUGAUUUCCAGAAGUUUUAGAAGGUUUAAAUUGAAUUAAUUCCUUGAUUUUGUUGACUUGACAAAAAAUUUCCCCUUUAGUAAUUUUAUCUUUAUUUUUUUAUUCUAAAAUUUUAAUUACCUUAGCUCUGACUUCAGCUUUAUUAGGUGCAAUUUCCGGAAUUAACCAAACUUCUAUACGUAAAAUUUUAGCCUUUUCUUCAAUUUCACACUUAGGAUGGAUUGGGGGUAUAAUAUAUUUUAAUUCUUCACUAUGACUUGACUAUUUUAUAGUAUACAGAUUUACUAGAUUUAUUUUAUGUUUUUCUUUUUGAAUGCUAGACUUGAACUAUUUCUCUCAACUUACUAUACUAAAAAAUCUUAAUGCUAAAUUUAUUAUUUUUAUUAAUCUUUUAUCAUUAGGAGGCUUGCCACCAUUGUUAGGAUUUCUUCCUAAAUGAAUGGCAAUGAUAGUAAUUAAAACUAGUUUUCCUAUUUUAAUAAUUUUAAUUUUAUCUAGACUAAUUACUUUAUAUUUUUAUACACGUCUUUGUUUUAGAACUUUCACUCUCUAUAUUCAGAGUAUAACUUGAUUUAAAAAAGAAAAUAGCUCCAUAAAAAACUUUUUCUUAUUAAGAAUUUUGACAUUCUUUUCUAUUAUUGGAAUUAUGCCUAUAAGACUAUUAUACCUGUAA